GGAGACACUCGGGGGGAGCCGGUGACGUCGGGAGUUUUCCUGAAAGUCAAUAACGAGCCCGGCGGAGGCGGCGGGAGGAGCCGAGAGCGGGGCCCGGGCGGCUCCGGGGGUGACUCAUCAAUAGAAACUCCCAAGAGCAGCAGAAGAGAAGCCAUACAGACAAGCUGAUAACUCAAAGAAAUACUCUUUUGAGUUGGGGGUUCAGAGUGGAGCCAUCAUGAGCGAUGUUACCAUUGUGAAGGAAGGCUGGGUUCAGAAGAGGGGAGAAUAUAUAAAAAACUGGCGGCCAAGAUAUUUCCUGCUAAAGACAGAUGGUUCUUUCAUAGGCUAUAAGGAGAAGCCCCAGGAUGUGGAUCUGCCAUAUCCACUCAACAACUUUUCAGUGGCAAAAUGUCAGCUAAUGAAAACAGAGCGACCAAAGCCAAACACAUUUAUUAUCAGAUGUCUUCAAUGGACCACUGUCAUAGAGAGGACAUUUCACGUAGACACUCCGGAGGAACGGGAAGAAUGGACAGAAGCAAUCCAGGCUGUAGCAGACAGACUUCAGAGGCAGGAAGAGGAAAGGAUGAACUGUAGUCCAACUUCACAAAUAGACAAUAUAGGUGAAGAGGAGAUGGAUGCUUCAACAACUCAUCAUAAAAGAAAGACAAUGAAUGACUUUGAUUAUUUAAAACUACUGGGCAAAGGCACGUUUGGCAAAGUUAUCCUGGUCCGAGAGAAGGCUAGUGGGAAAUACUAUGCUAUGAAGAUUUUGAAAAAAGAAGUAAUUAUUGCAAAGGAUGAAGUGGCUCAUACACUUACAGAAAGCAGAGUAUUGAAAAACACCAGACAUCCUUUUUUAACAUCCUUGAAAUAUUCCUUCCAGACAAAGGAUCGUUUGUGUUUUGUGAUGGAGUAUGUUAAUGGAGGAGAGCUGUUUUUCCAUUUGUCGAGAGAGCGGGUGUUCUCAGAGGACCGCACACGCUUCUAUGGUGCAGAAAUUGUCUCAGCUCUGGACUAUCUGCAUUCUGGGAAGAUUGUGUACCGUGAUCUCAAGUUAGAAAAUCUAAUGUUGGAUAAAGAUGGGCAUAUAAAGAUUACAGAUUUUGGACUUUGCAAAGAAGGAAUCACAGAUGCAGCAACUAUGAAAACAUUCUGUGGUACUCCAGAAUACCUGGCACCUGAGGUGUUGGAAGAUAAUGACUAUGGUCGUGCAGUGGACUGGUGGGGAUUAGGAGUUGUCAUGUAUGAAAUGAUGUGUGGAAGAUUGCCUUUCUACAACCAAGAUCACGAGAAACUAUUUGAACUGAUACUAAUGGAGGACAUAAAAUUUCCUCGAACUCUAUCUGCAGAUGCAAAAUCAUUACUUUCAGGCCUACUGAUAAAAGAUCCAAAUAAGCGACUUGGUGGAGGCCCAGAUGAUGCAAAAGAAAUCAUGCGUCACAGUUUCUUUGCUGGAGUAAACUGGCAAGAUGUAUAUGAUAAAAAGCUUGUACCUCCUUUUAAACCUCAAGUGACAUCUGAGACAGACACCAGGUAUUUUGAUGAAGAAUUUACAGCUCAGACUAUUACAAUAACACCGCCUGAAAAAUAUGACGAGGAUGGUAUGGACUGCAUGGACAAUGAGAGGCGGCCGCAUUUCCCCCAGUUUUCCUACUCUGCAAGUGGACGAGAAUAACUUUUUUGUUCUGCUGCUUCACUGUCAUCUUAGGUUUAUCACUGAAAAUGAUUCCUGAACAUCACCACCAGUUCUAGAUACCGUUUAAGAUAGCAGGGGCACUUUCAGAGACCAUUCCAAAUUGAACAAAUUUCUUUCCCAAACCUACCUACAAUCCGUUUUGGUUUUGCAUGAAAUACGGUAUUUCUCUACGCUCUCCCGCUGUUGCUGCUGCCCACCGUCUCAGUAUAAUAGCAACGUCAAGAAAUUACUCAAAGUUUCUUUCAAGGUAGAUGACCGUACGUCAGCGUUGUACACUUUGUGCACAAAUAGUCAUCUGAUUUUCCACGCAGUGGAGGCUAAACAAAAAAAUAUGUUGGUCCAGCUUAUCUUCUUCUAGAAGAUGAAUCAAAAUUGUACUUAGUCUAAAAAAGACUAGUCUAUAAUAUUUUCUUGCAUCUGUUUGUGCUGUUUAGAACAAGGAAGCACGGGGGUGGUGAUGUACAUAUGCAAGGUUUUUGUUAGGCAUAUCAUUACUUGAAGCAGGUCUCUGUCAAUAACAUCUGGCUGAAAUUUGCUCGGGAAACGUUUGAAAGAAGGAUUUAAACUGUUGAUAUAUAUAAAUAUAUAUAUAUAUUAUUUUUUAAUUACUGUUGGAUACUACAGAAGAAGCAGAAGGGCUGGCUCACCCAGCCUGCCACUUAGAACUUCCAGGUUCAUGUGCAAUCACGGAGAAUCAAACAUUAUACAUGCAAGAAAUGAAGGCAUAAAAGCAGCAGUUGAAGUUCUUUAAGGGGUCUUAUGAUUUGCACCAGAUAACAUCUAUCUCAUGCUUUUCUUUUUCUUUCAUGAUACACAUCACCUCUGAUGGCUGAAGAAUGUAGACAGGCAUAAUGGUAUUGCUUUUCACCCAAAUGUGUGCACCAGGGUAAAAAGGUGUUUGCCUUACUUUGAGUUUGUGAAUUAGCUCUUUCUCCAGGUGUUUAACUCUGAAUUUUUUUUUUAACUUUUUUUUUUUGGUUAUGCUGCGGUAGUAUUUAUUUUUAGAGAUAAGGAUUGUAUGUGUCAUGUUUGCAAAUGCUGCUACAUCUUAGAUAGAACAGGCUUAGAGCAGUUAAUUUUGUUGUAAUAUAUGGAAGGACUGUACAAGCUGAAGGGGAUAACGCACUUUUGUCCAAUGUGGAGAUAUUAGCAAGGCUCUGAAAUUGUACAUACUGCUUAGAAUCAGAUUUUUGUGAGUGAAAUACUGUCUUUUAAUUCUCUGGCAGUGGAGACGAGGAAUUCCAACUUCACGUGUCAAAGGAUUAAAACUAACUAAAUAAGAACACUACAUCUUGUGCUGUAUUCAGGAUAAAGAUACUGUAAAAAGCCUGAGAGCACAAUAGAAAAUUUCUAUUCUAUGUGAGGGAAACAUCUGAACAAUGAGACCACCGUGAUUACAAGAAAAGCACUUUAUUCUGAUAAGUCACAUAGUAAAUUUCUGGGAUCAGCCAUUGUCAAGGAAAGCUUGCCCUCGUGAAACCCAGCAUGUCAUCCGUGACUGUGGUACCAGAUUGACUGAAUUUAAGACAUUGCGAGAAACACUGCCGCUAGGAAGAUGUCUUUCCACGUCUGAAGAUCUGUACCUAACAGAGCAUGUGCAUAAACUUUAGCUUUUUUCUUCAGCAAUGAUAAUCUUAAUAAUAAACCCGUUGGUGCUAGGAGCUGGGAUGUUACGCAGUGCAGGGAUGUGCACCGCGCUCUUGCUAACGACAUCCGAGAACCCCAACUCCAUGGGAUUAUCAUUGGAAGUAUCUCUGUGUUUGUAUCUUUUUAGCUCCCACAAAGACUGUGAUAUCAGAACAUUGCGCUGUGUGAGUGAGGGGAUGAGUCUGAAAGGAGACCAUACCAGAUGCCUCCUUAGCCCCUUGAUGUGGAGUUGAGUGUCCCGGCGUGAAGCCCACUGCUGGCAGUGCACGUGCUGGGACUGACAAGGGGCAAUCGGGCAUUUCAGCAAGGCAGCUAAAGACGCAGACUAGUUUAGACAAUUUUUAGUGUUUCAUGUUUUAUCUUUAGUGAUGGACGGAUAAUCAGUUAGAACUGUAUCACGAUGUAUAUGCUAAGUACAUAGGAUCUGAUGCUGUCACCUUCUAACACUAAAUGUGUAAAGAUUAUCCCUCUGUACGGAGUGAGCGCAGUAAAUGCAUGGCAGGUCUGUAGAAGUGUCUGUGCUGACAGCGAGUGAGUGACUGAAGUAACUGAUGACGCAGUAGAUGGGCAUUAUAAUUUUCUGCAAAGGCCUCAAGCUUAAGAGGCUGAAACUAUGGUGGUUCAAAAUCUGUGUUCUGUGCCUGUGGUGUUAUUUUUUUCCAACGUUUUCAGCUUAUAACAGCAAUAAGGUUUUUGACACAGGGCACCUAUAGUUCUUGGCUGAGUGGAGCUGUGCCUCUGGCCAACCCUUCCUCAUGCUGAGAAGAAAGGGGCCCUGUAGGUGGGUUUGAUUCAUCAUUGCAUAGCUCGUUAGAAUGCAGUUUGCAGUAAAUAUCUGUCGGUGAAUUCUUUGGAAACCUCUUAAGGCUUCAUUCAACUUGCAUUGUGUUGCUGCCUUCCAAAGUCUCAUUCAUCAAGUAUAUACUAUGAAGAGUUAGCAGUCAUUUAAUGCUGCCCCAGGCUGGGGGAUUCUCUCUGAGCAGUGUUAGAAAUGGAUGAAAGAAGAAUUCAGGCUGUGCUGAGAGAAACUUUGAAAGCUCUUUUUUUCCCCACUUGCGGUUGUAGUUGGGCUUGGGCAGCACGUGGUGGUGGCUGGGUACCUGAUGAGCCUUCUGAGCACAGUACGUUUCAGAUGCUGACUCCAGCUUGUACUGACUUCCAUGACAUACACUAUGCCCUCUUGUACUGCAGCCAUCUUGGAGAAAUAGGUCAUUUCUGUUUGGGUUUUGGCAGUUUUGCACACAGCUUUGCUUUCCACACGAAUCCAUCUUCCAGUACAUUCCUGUUGCUUAAAGAACAUUUAUUCCAGUAUUGUUUUCCAUUUUUUCCAUCUAUCCUCGCGGCUUCUUAAAGCUGACUGUUCUUGCAGGGGCCAUGUGCUUCUCCUAGAGUACAAAAGUAAGGUGUCUCCUUACUAACUGCAGGGUCUAUAUAUUACACCUCAAUGUACACACUUUGCUGCUACUGUUUGUACUGUCUACAGUAGAAUUUCCUUAUCUUGCUCCUGGUAGUGCAUUACAGGCAAGCAUGAAAUGUAAAGUAUUUAUUUAAAUAAAAACCUCUAAAUUGGUAAUUGAAUUACCUCCCUGUAGCUUUAGAGUUUGUGACAUUUCUUGACCUUGCUAGUUCUUUCAUUAGAUCCAUGCAAGAUCUAGUCAUAUGGUUAAGGAUAUUAAGCAGACACGACUAUGAACCCAAGAAACCGUAUUACUGUUGGUCAUACUUAAACUGUUUAUUUCCUUAAGUAUAUGACCCACAAGGAUGUGAAAUAACUACAAGAAACUGUUUUUGUACACUGUACAUCCUUAGUAUUUUUACACAUAUAUGAUAGGGAUGCACAUUAUUUUCCUUCGUACAGACAGCUUAAAUAAAGCACUAUGUCAAUCUGCUACUUCUGUGUUUUUUAAUGCUAAUUUGUUCUGGAGGUUUGUAAAUAUAUUAUAUAUAUAUGUUCAGGCUUGCCACAAAGGACAUAUUUUUUUAUAUCUGCACAUUAAGUAUCUUAGAGGAUAAAGUUCUGAAUUUGUUCUGUGUAAGAGACAGAAGAAUGGAAGCGAGAAGGUGGUUUUGCAGAUUACAAAAGAUCUCUUGAGUUUUGGUUUAAAUAUUUACUUCAUAUUUUAAAAUAAUUUUAUAUAGGUUAGAUGUUUCGAUCCUGAAAUGCACAAAGAAUUGACUUAAUUUCUUCUUACAAGAAAAUGUACAUCGUUAUUUUUUUAUCACUGUAUGUAUAAUGAUCUGUGCAUGUUUAGUUACAAGUUUAUUUGCUGUGAAGUCCUCGUGGUAACUGUUCUUGUCGUGACCUAUUUCAGAUACUGGGUGAGCAGUUUCAGCUUGUAAAUUCAGUUACAGUAUUGUCACCAAGAAAGGCUUUUCUGGCUAAGCAAGAUGUAUUUGUGCUGUGGACCAAGGCUGUUUCCACACACGUGGUUCAUGUUAACUCUUUGAGGUAUAUGUAUCUUUUAAAAGUAAAUUUGGGUUUUAAUUUCCAAGUAAUGAUUACACAGGGCUGCAUUCUAUCAGAACACCCAGUAUUUAAGUGCGUUGUCCUCUAGUGCAAUUCAUGUUCUCAAAUCCUUUAGCUAGGUAAUGUGCUGGAGGAGGGAGUCAGGGGAGGUGUGAUUUGCAGGGCACCUUGAGGUGGGACUCAUUGAAGCCCAGCUGGCCUGUUUGGGUCAGGAGGGCUGAGUGUCCCUGAGCAGUCUGGGCAUCAGCUCAGUUCUCAGACAUGAACCCUUCCCUGAAAUGUGAGAAAAUGUGUGAGCCAGCUCUUUUUUCUUCUUCUUCUUCUUCUUUUUUUUUUCUUUUUUCUUCCCCAAUAGGAAGGAUGGAGCACAAGAGAGAUAGUUGCAGUUGCAAUAGCAGAUCAGUGACUGGGCCUCAGCUGGGACAGCAGGACCAUCUGUUCAGUCUGCGUGGAGGUACGGGCACAGAGCACAUCAGGGGGUGAUGCUCCAGCUGAGACAGGGAUCCUGGGUUUGAUCACCUCAUCUGGCUUUUGUAUACUUUAUAAAACCAAGCAUUUUGUGGCUAAAUGGUGAGGCGGGGGAAAUGGGAGUUGGGAAGACCUGGCCCUGUCUGUGCCCAGCAAAUAAGCAACUGCUACAAGCAGAGAAGCUGCUGCAGAGAAGUUGGUCCUUGUAGAUGUGCACCCCAGUGGCUGGCAGUUGCCCUCUCCACAAUGCCACCAGCACCAGCUGGCAGUGAGGCAGGUCCAGGAAGGGUGAGGUGCUGCUCCAGGGUCUCAGUGAAGCCUCAGUGUUGGGACUCGGUGCCUGAGUUCCUAUGCACAUGUAGCCGAGAGACACUUCUCCUAUUGAAACAUAGAUUUAUGGUGUAGAAAAAAAAGUUUGCAGAUUCUUACCUUUAUAAAUGCGUUCUUACCUAUCUAUAAAGUAGUGUCAGUUACAGAAAAAGAUGUCCGUGAGUGUGGAGAGCCCACACUUGUGCUAGACAGAAACCUUUGUCAGGCGUUCCUUCCUGACAAACCUGAGGCAGUGGAAGCACGUUUACUGUCAUGGCAGGGAGGCAGGCUGGGGAGGGCUCAGAUGUGCUUGGCAGUUUCAUAUGGCAGGAAAUUGAAAUGGGAAGAAAACCACUUUGAUGUUAAAGCUGUACCACUAAUAAUUCCUGAAAUACAAGGGAAAGAAAGAUUGCGUCCCACAGCAAAUGGUUGGUGCAUGUGCCGUUACUCCUAUUUUUGCUACGUUUCAUGUGUUCAUGCUGGCUGGGGUAGCUUUAUCACAGGGGAAUCGUUCUCUGCACUUUUUUCUUCUCUUUACCACUGCGAUUCAGCAAUUACACUGAAUGUAGAAACUUUUUUCUUGUAUAGUUUAUCAUGCAGUAGUUCAGCAAAAGAUUCAGAUAAAAUCUUUUUGAAAGAGCCUGGCAUUUGGAAAGUCAUUUUAAAAAUACAAACAUGAAGGCAAGCUGAAAAAAAAAAGUCCUCCAAAUGUAUUGCCAAAUGUUUCAAGUUUAAUAAUUUGCAUUUGAGUUCAGCUGCUGCCCAUCCCUGAGACAGCCGAGUGUCUGCCAGCAGGGGGGUCCCAAACAGCUUCCUUGGUGGCAGGAACCCUGCACCGCAAUGCCUUGCUAGCAUGGGUCUUUUUGUCCCCAAGGCUUUGACCACUAAAGGGAAACCUGCCCCAGGGAAAUGACUCAAUCAUUCUCAUGCUCUUCUGCUGAAUAAGUAGUUAUUUGUUAGGACUCAGAUUUUUGUGUAAAGGAGACAAACACUUUGUAAACCUCCCAGGUAGGUGCUGGUAGUGAGUCCUUAACACAAGCCUGAUGUAUCUGUGCUAGGCUUGCACAGUCUCCUUUUCCACAUACACAUGCCUUCCCUUGAAUACAAAAGGAUGCAACCAGGAGAAAAAGAAUUAAUAAACUAAUUUAUUAGGACUGCCAUCGGUAAAUAAGACAGACAUCUGUAUUACAAAAAUAGAUAAAAACAUUUUAUAAAAAUUGUAGAAAUAACAAAUCCAGUACGUGCUCCAUCACAGCUGUUGACAUUGGAUCGCAGUGUCUUAGGCAAGUCUGAGAUGUCUUCCUAGAAAGUUCAGUAGGGGAGUAAUGUUUCAGUAUGUUGAUGGCACUAUAGUUAAAAACAAAUGCAAAGCAGGUGAGGGUAGGCAGCAUGUCUGCUUCUCUGCAAAUGGUUCUCUGUGUGAGCUUCAGAGAAGCCCAAGUUUCAGGCGCGUACAGAGGAGAACUGAAAGAAGAAAGAGAUGGGAGCGGAGCGUAAGUAGUGUGUAUGGAGCUACUUGCACUUCUCGUUUGUGUCACUUCAGCCUGGGGGUGAGUGCUUAGAAGAGAAAUACAUAAAUGGUUAAGAAUGUGGCAAUUGUAAACAAGCACUGUUCCAAAGCCUGGCUUCCUGUGGGCCUGCUGUCCUGCCUCUUUCUAAGAUCAGAACUCUUCCAGGUAACAAGCGCAGGAGCUGUUUGAUUUCUGAAAAACAAGGUCUCCCUGAGCUUUAGCCAUCACUCGUGUUUAGCAGUAAAUGACUGAGCUGCUGUUUUGGGGCACGUCUUAGAUCCUGCCCCUUCUCCCUUCCAGGAAGGAGGAGGCAGGGUUGUGCCAGAGAGUGUUUACUGUGAAUUGUACAGACUGUAUAUGGGGUGGGCAGCUGUAUCAAAACAGGAAGCUGCCUGCACGCUGUUAGAAAACCUCUGGUGGGAAGGCUAAUACACAGUUUUGAAGCUCUUGCAUAGCUAUUGUUUGUGCUUCCUCAGUAGCACUUCAGCACUUCAUUAAGACCGAGAGAUAAAGCUCUGCUGGAGCUGGGGUGGACACCCAGAAUUAAGUGACUGAAGUUCUGAAAUUUGAAUUCUAAGAGAUGUAAAUGACCUCAGAAAUAAAAAUAAACUUUCCACAUCAGCUGGUUUUAUGUUAGAGGACUUAAGGGUUUUUCUUUAAAAAACACAACAAAACUUGAUAAGGUAAUGAAGGCAGAGUUAAAAAAGGAUUUAUAAUGCUGCAGUUCAUUAAAGAAUUAAUUAAAAACAGUAACAUGGUAUUUUUUUUUCCAAGAAUACAUGCACCACAUUACCUGCGGUGGUGAUCAGCGCGCUGCAACACGAGCGAAAUCCAGGGAAAGACAUAGAGGUUGAACUCAGUAUCAGUGAGUGCUCAGAGGAAGCCUCCUCUGUGCUGCACUAACCCCUCUGCGUAGGGCCAGCACCAGACAGAAGAUGACAAACUACACCCACCCUGCACUGCUGUGCUCCUGGCCAGGCACCUUGCAGGAGGUGCGGAUCCUGCCUACAGCUGCAGGCUCACGGAACUGGCCAUGCUCACACGAUGCAGCACUGGAAGCAUUAUUAUCAGGGCAGCCAGGCAUCAGAUGCUGUGCUGGCUGUCUCCCUCUCUUCCUUUCAUAGUUAAAUAACUCAUCAUUGCUCAAAAAAUCAUACCUUGUCUGCAGAAUGUCACUGGCUGUUACAAAAACCUGGCAAAAGCACAUUUUUGUACAUUAAGACUGCACUAAAAAAUAAGGCCCUCCUCCCCACCAAGUAGACUCCUGAAAGAAGUGAGGACCUUGUAAGGAUCAGCCCAAAUCAAUUCCGACAUCUAAGAUGGAAGUGCUACUCAUCUUAUGGCUGUGCAAAGGGCAGCUUCAGCACUUAAGUUGAAAAAAAGGGCAAACUAAAGCACUUGGGAACCCAUCCAAACUCUGUGCUUGUUGCUGGGGCCCCACAACAGACAUAAGAAGACAAAGAACAUCUCAGCUCAGAACAGCUGCAACUCUAAAAGUACCUGUAUGAAGUGAGGGGGGGGGAAUAUACUCAAGGUUGAGUAUAUUUUAUAUUCCUAUAGGAAGAGUGGUUUAGUCACAGGCUUGCUGUAAAACAGGACGUCUCAAAUGAGUGAGGAGGCAGGUUCAUUGGCACAAUCUGGAGAGCACAGGGAGAUGUUCAAGGGAGAAGGCAGAUCUGGCUGGUAGUAACCCAAGGUCCCAGCCCCCUUAGCUGUGUGCACACAGGUGGGACACGGCUGGCAGUGGCCCCUCAGGCACCCGCAGUCUGCAGGGGGAUUACAAACUGGGACAGAUACCUACUUCUGUAUAACUGAUGGACACCAGGGCAGAUCCUGCAAGUGAAGAGCAUUCCAGCAUUCAGAAAUGUUGGGUAGACAGUACUGAGUUUUUUAGAAAUCUCAGUUUUUUCUCUGUUUUGUUUUGUUUACUAUAUUAUGUACACUCGUGUUUAGUACCCAGGAUGGGAGCUGUGUAUCUCGCUCUCUUGAUUUAGAGUGACUGGUGAUUUAAGACUUUCAAAAGCAGAAACUCAAAUUAUGAAUCUUCCAAAAGCUUUCAAAAUAAGAGGUAUAAAUCCUGUAAUUAAACUUUUGUCUGCCUUCAGGUGGAUCUGCCUAUGGUAAACUAUAUUCCAUUAUUAACUAUUAAUGACAUCUAUUAAACAUCAGUGUAAUGGCUUCAUCUGCAGCACACACUGUAAGCUCAGGCUGAAUUAUCAUACCAAUCCUUUUUAGCUCCAUGAAAAUUAAAAUUAUGAUUUGAGAAUCUUCAUCAUGUUGUACCCAUUACUGCCUUAUGCUGGAAUGACAAAAUCCUACUUCUCCACUUCCCAAGGUCUCUGCCUACAGCAUACUUCACAUUUUAGAAAAGAAGAUACAUAAGGGAAGUUUGACAAGGAAAUGAACUGGGAAAGCAUUAACAGUGAAAUAAAUCAGUGCUAGAGUGGGAAGGUGUAUAGAUAAUUGGAGCCUUCUGCUAUCCUCUGUCUGUGGGACAAACAGAGCCCCAAAUUUGCAGGAAGGUGAUUUAUUGGGAUUCUUCAUGUCAUUGUUUCAAAGGAUAUAAUUCAUUGCUGAGAAUGUCAGAGACAUUUUUGAGUCCUGUGGCAUUUGCCUUGGUCACUCCUGCAAGUUCCCACCAGGUCAAGAUUUGUAUGUCUUUCCUUCCAGUUUAAAUUUUAAAGGUUUUGUUUAUUUUAAUUUUGUCAUGUAAACCUGCUUCUAUUGUGGAGUGCUUGCCCUGAUCUUUAAAUGUGGAAAAAAAACCACUAACAACACACUGACAGUUUCUAGCCCCAAAAUAUUUCAAACACUUUUUUCUCCCUUUUGUCUUGAAGUGUUUGCCAGAUUCAGCCCACAUCUGCAAAUAGUUUUAGCUUUCUUUCCUCUCUCUCCUUUUUCUCUAUAUAUAGUGUACAGAAAAAAUACCUACUUGUUCUCAUUUUUCUUCAUCCAUCCAGGUUUUCACUUGAUUCCAUCUGUGUCCUGUUUGAGAUCUGCAUCCCAUUUCUUUUCCUGAAAUACACAACUGCUUAUCUUCCAAGAUACAACAGCAAAUUUCACUUAGUGUAUCUGACAUCAUUUUGCAAGGAUUCAGUAUAAUUGGUUUCUCUCCCUUUCCCCAGAACCCAAGCUAACUGUAAAGGGUAACAAUUGAGUAAGGCAGUAAACCAAGGUAUAUUUUCACCUUUAAUCAAUACUGAUUACACAACUGAAGUUAGAAAAUACAUCUUUCUAAAAUAACUAAAUACAUCUUUCUCUAUGUAAAGUUUCCCAUUUAUGGUGAAUUGUCCUUUUCUUCAAGCAAUUGUCUGAUAUUCCGGGCAGCUCUCUUGGGCUGAAUCCCAGUUCCCAGAGAACACUGCUGUUUUAAAUAGCUGCAAAUAGGUUCUUAGUACUCAUUUUGUAAUAAGUUCUAAAAAAUUUUUCUUCUAAGUGUUCCCAAGUAAAAGCAUCCUCUGAAGCAUAAUCAACUCCUAAUGAAGAUACAAAAGGAAGUCAAGACUUGAUAGCAAUAUAGCUCAAUGAUAGUUUUCCUCUUUUGUAUGAUUUUUGUACUUCUGCCCAACUCAAUAAAAGCACAUUUACUUCCAGAUAAAAGAGAUUAUCAAUAACAGAAUCCCUGUGGACUUCUUAUAAAGUCUUUUCCUAUUACUAAGAGUGCUUCCCUUCAAGUAGUCAUUUUCAUCUGUGAACAGCAAACCUUCCUUAGCUGCCUUACAGAGAGAACACUGCUGUUGCCCUCACGCUUGCCAGUAGUUACUACAUGCUGAUAACCCAACACUAUCUUAGUUACCAGGUUUGUCUGCCACAACAGGAAACAACAGGAAACCCUGCCUCAGCUACUGUUCAAAUGAUAAUGCUGUGGAAGAGCGAAUUUGCCUUAUCUCUGAAUAGGGAACACAAAAAUCUUCUGAUAAGAAAGCUAGGAACUGUAACCAAGAAUAACUGCUGCUGUUCUCCUGUCUCUUCAAAACACUUCUUCCUUUAGUUUGGGCUGAAGUGGGAUUCAGGUCCAGCUAACAGUCUCUCUCCAAUUUAAUGGACUAAUUUCUCUUUUUCAUAAGUUAAUACCUUAUUUGAAACACCAACAAAAGCCAGCAGUUGAAAAGAGACUGCUGGUGGAUUUCUCUGCUAAAGCUGCAGAACAUUCCCCUCAGACUUCCUUUUCUUUUGGCACAAGUACCUGUGUUCGCAGAAACUGCACUUCUUCUGUCAGCAGCUGCUUCUCUUUGAAGAGCUGAUUCUGUUUGUUGAGGAGCUCCACGAGCUGCUGGGCAGUGGCCUGGCAGUGCUUGUCCAGCUGGUGCAACCUGGAGAAAGAGAUGAAAGGAUUGCACUGUGCCUGAAGUGGGAGUGCACUGCAGGGCUCAGACAUUUGCACUGCAGGUGAAGCUGCCAGGUGACAGAGCGCUGUGUGGCAUUGCGCUGGGACUUCUUUUGCUCCCAGGGUGGGCAUGCGGUGCAUUUUGACUUGAUGCUUUCAACAAGCAUUUCUACAUGUCUGCCCUUCUCAUGACAGGACAGCAAGUCAGUGUCACAACAUCAGUAAAGGCCCCAGGGCUGUAUCCCAACAUCUGCAGCUAUGCAAGCUAUGCCGUAAGCUAUGCCUUGCUCUUUCUCCAGUAUAGAUCAGGUGCUCUCCAGCAGAAAGGCGGGGAUUUCUCUGGAAAGACACAAAGAGCCCAAGGGUCCCGCUUUGUGACACUGCUAUACAGAGGGCAGCUGCACCUUUUCCUUUUAAUCCCCAACCCCAGACAUCUCCAGUGACUGCUUAGCACUCUGAAUGCCACCGUGAACAUUUUUAAGUUUGCCUGGAUCUGUAGCAAGGGAAGUAAAUGGAAAUAAACUGGAAAAUGCUUUCACAUUAAA